AAUGGAUCCAACAGAGCUCGACGUAGUCGUCAGCCAAAUAUUGGGCACUACCUCGUUCAUGUUUUAGGCAAAUGUGCCAAGGAGAAAAUCAUAAUCUUCGUUGAGACGAAGAAGGAAGCCGAGGAACUAGCAGACUCUAUUUCUUAUUAUCUUCAUAGCAUCUUUAGAGCUCGUUUCAUGACAAAGCAAAAGUUUAAAAAUUUGUUCAGGGAUGGUGAUGAUCAAGAUUUAUUCUCAAAUUUCGGAGCUAUAAGUUUUCAUGCCAAUCAAAACCAGCCUGAGCGUGAACAAGCUUUGUCCUUAUUCAACAGAGGAGUUUAUCCUAUUAUAGUGGCAACAAAUGUAGCAGCAAGAGGACUUGAUAUAGAAGGAGUAACCUAUGUGAUCAACUACGACCUUCCUAUGAAUCUGAGUGUUCUAGAAAAGUACCAUGAGAUCGAUAUACCGGCUCUAAAUGAGGAAGAAAUAAAGCAGAGUCCCGUUCAAAAUCGGUUUGAGGAAUACAUACAAAGAAUUAAAUGGACUGGCCGGGCAGACAAAGAAGAAUCAAUUUUGUCCUUUAAGUUAGAUACAAAUCAUCGUCUAGCCGAAUCCAUAGGAGAAAUGUUGGUAGAAACCGACCAGAAUGUUCCAGUGUGGCUUGAGAGAGUCGCCGAUAGCGAAUGGUCCAUUAGGAAUGCAAGAAAAAAGAAAAACUUACGUCAACAACAAGUGGGAUCAGAAGUUGAGGGAUUUUUGGGUUUUAAUUCCAAAGAAUGGGACGAUUCUAAUGGUCCCUGCGUUGACGAACUUUGGGGAAACGGAGAAUUGGCUGCCGCCUCCACGAUAGGAAAUUUUAGGUUGAGUGAAGCAGGUGUAAUUGGAUCGGCUCAGUCAAAUGUUACACAGAAUUUUGAAUUUGUUGAAGUAGCUGUCCAAAAAGAAAGUAGGCUUAAGGAAAUUCUGCUGGAUAUUCAUUCCUGGAACGAGUUAACAUUUCUCAACUGCAAUUGCUGGAAAAAGGAGCGGAAUGGAUACAACUCAGCUACAGGUAGUGAUCAGCCAAACAUAAAGCACUUCUUAUUGCAUGUCCUUGGCAAAUGUGCCAAAGAGAAGAUUCUCAUCUUCGUUGAGACGAAAAAAGAAGCCCAUAAAAUAGCAGACUCUAUUUCUGAACAUCUUUACAGAAAUUUUAGAGGUCGUUUCAUGACAAAGAAAAAUUUUAAACUUUUGUACAACGAUGGUGAUGAUCAAGAUCUUAUCGAAAAUUUCGGAGCUAUAAGUUUUCAUGCUGAUAAAGAUCAGUAUAACCGUGAAACAGCUUUGUCUUUAUUCAACGAAGGAGUUUACCCAAUUUUGGUUGCAGCAAACGUGGCAGCAAGAGAACCCGAUAUCAAAGGAGUGACUUAUGUGAUCAACUAUCAUCUUAAUGUUUUAGAAAAUUACCAGACAAUUAGCACACAAGUUCUCAAAGACGUGGAAGUAAAGCAGGGACUAGUCCGAAAUCAGUUUGAAGAAUACAUACGUCGAAUUGGACGGGCGGGCAAAAAAGGACACUCCAUUUCCUUCUUCCAGUUAGAUAAAGAUCGUCAUUUAGCUGAACCCAUCAGAGACAUGUUAGGAGAUGCCCAACAAAAUGUUCCUAAAUGGCUUGAAAGAAUAGCCGACAGCGAAUUUUCUAUUCGGAAUGCGAGAGAAAAAGAAAGGAAAAAAAGAGUAAAGGAAGUGCGAGAAAUGCGAGAAAAAGAAAAAAACGAGCGGGAUCAGCAUGAGAGGGAUUCUCUAAUAAAUCGUCCGAUUCUAAUGGACCCUACGUUUAUGUACUAUGGCAUGGGGAAAUGGAACCUAGCUAGAUAAGCGACUGUGCCUGAAAUUUUGAUAAAACGUCUCCAGACACAUUAUCUGAUAUGAUAACAACUGAUAAAUUGUUUCCGAGCAACAUUGAUAUUAGAUUAUCAUCAUGUAAUAUCAUGAUUUUCAUUCGUGGUUUAUUCAAUCUAUUAAAUUGGGUAGAAAUUGCCAGUUAUAAUUUAGGCUCAAGCCUCUAAUUCCAGAGAAGUUGAUGAAGUAGUCAUUUAGUAUGAUUAUUGUUUGCUUUAAUUUAUUGUACAUAAUUGACUUGAAAUUGACUAUAUUAGCCUAAAUGGCUCCAUAAGCAU